AUGGCAGACUCCGAGCUGCGCACCCAUGUGCCAGCGGCAUCAACAGAGCCGUUUGCUGAUGAAGUGCGCACGCCUACCCUCAUCUCCCCGCCCGAGUCGAAGACACCCCCCACCGCCAGCCACAAGCGACACCACAACGGCUUCGCACCGCACAACCACGACAGGGGGUCGGAACCCGUGGACCCUGCUGCGCUGAGCAAGGCUUUAGAGCAAUUCGACCAAGCAGGCAGGGUGCGAGAACGGACGCCCAAUGCUAGCCCGAGCAGGAAGCGGCAGCGAGUCUACGGAGACAGAUUCAUACCCAACAGGUCCGGGCAAGACCUCCAGGCGAGCUUCAGUCUGCUCCACGACGAGGCUUCACCAGCGACACCAUCGCGUUCAGCCAAAAGAACGCCUCAUCAUGAGUUACACUUUCAGAGAACUGAGGAAGCGAACAAGACGUACUCGACCCUAUUGCGGUCCGAGAUGUUCGAACAGACAGUACCUCAGUCAAUGCCACAUAAUCUCUCUCCAACCGAGCGAACCACUUUCCAUGACCCUACUAGAUCUCAUACCCCACCUACGAGGUCAACUUCAAUGCACCCGGCCCCCGCAUUGACUCCCUCGACCCCACACAAGAACCUCUUCUCAUAUGCAUCACCACGGCACAGCUACUCUGGCCAACCAACGCCGUCCCGGACUCCACAAAGCAGACACGGUCCCAAUCUCAACGCUAGGUCCGAGAUAUACAGCUUAUCCCCCGUCAAAUAUAGCAGCCAGACCAUGCUGCUGAGCCCGAGGAAGACUCCGCGAGCGGUCGCCAAAGUUCCAUACAAGGUAUUGGAUGCACCAGAUCUAGCUGACGAUUUCUACCUGAAUCUCGUAGAUUGGGGAAGUCAAAACAUCCUGGGCGUUGGAUUGGGAUCCUGUGUGUAUAUGUGGAACUCGACAUCUGGCCGCGUGACGAAACUCUGCGAACUUCCAGAUGACACUGUGACAAGUGUCAACUGGAUUCAGAGGGGUUCGCAUAUUGCGAUUGGAACGCAUAAAGGCUUCGUGCAGAUCUGGGACGCAAUUUCACAGCGUCGGCUACGAACCAUGACAGGUCACACAGGCCGAGUAGGGGCCCUUGCAUGGAACGAGCACAUCCUCACGUCAGGCUCCCGCGAUCGCCUAAUUUACCACCGCGACGUACGACAGCCAGAUCAAUGGCUACGCAAACUCGUCGGCCACAAACAAGAAGUCUGUGGUCUAAAAUGGAACUCGGAAGACGGCCAAUUGGCGAGUGGCGGCAACGACAACAAGCUCAUGGUCUGGGAGAAACUAAACGCAGAGCCAACCUUCAAGUGGAGCGAGCACAUCGCCGCUGUCAAGGCAAUUUCCUGGAGUCCUCACCAGCGCGGCCUCCUUGCAAGCGGUGGUGGUACUGCUGACCGGACGAUCAAGUUCUGGAACACCCUCAUCUCUCCCCAUGGACCCUCCUCCGCCUCCCUCGCGGCUGCAGCUGCCGCGGCGGCGGCGUCCAAUCCAGCAAGUCUACCAACUUCGCCAUCUGCUCCUGCAAAUCUCCUCAGCAGCUUGGACACGGGCAGUCAGGUGUGUAACUUGGCAUGGUCGCGCAACAGCAACGAGAUUGUCUCCACGCACGGCUACAGCCAAAACCAGAUCAUCGUCUGGAAGUACCCGAGCAUGCAGCAAGUGGUUUCCUUAACCGGCCACACCUACCGUGUCCUCUACCUCGCCAUGAGCCCGGACGGCCAAGUCAUCGUCACAGGCGCCGGCGACGAGACUCUCCGGUUCUGGAACGCAUUCAAAAAGAAGGAGCGGACAGGCGGUCUAGGCGGGAUGGACAGCUGGGGUGUAAUUCGAUGA